GUUGUCGUUGCAUGAGUCGCUGGACUCCCGAGCUCGUCGAGGCCGUUGUGCUCUAUCUUGAGCGUCCACGUGACGUCAAGCUCGUUCUUGCGAGUUUGCCACAAAGUCUUUUGACACUGUCGCUGCAGUGCGUGGCCCAGCUCACCGCUAUGGCGGUCGUGCAUUGGCCCGAGGUGUAUCUGGACGAGACAGCCAUCAACGCGCGCUCGCUACGCCUGCUCGCUGCAGCCCGUCGACUUGGGCCUUCCAUAGCUGUCCAUGUCACAGCCGGCGACAGGUUCCAAGCACUAACGCGGCUUCUCGCGGGCUGCAUCACGCGCGUCGACAUCAAGUCGGCCUUGAUUCUGCCGGCCGGUCUGCGCUUGCAGGCGGCGCUUGGUUCGUGCAGGGCGCUUCGCCACUUGUCGCUAUUUAUUCCUAGCAAGUCGGACGCUGUGGUGUGGCUCAAGCCGCUGUUGCAGCAUCUCGCAACGACCAAGACGCUCACAACCCUCGACCUUCGAUUCGGCAGAGACUCAAUCCAGUCUUAUGUCUUUGAGCACGUCGCACACUGGCUGUGUCAACCAAGCGCAAGCUUCCUUGUAUGCCGUGGCGAUGUGACGGCAGAAGAAGCGCUCUGGUCCGCGCUCGGCGCCAGCGCUGUCUUGACCGACCUCGUGCUCGAGAGUCCCAGGCUCCUCACCCGUCCAACGACCGACUACCGCCUGCCAGACACUUUGCGCACGCUUACAUGGAAGGCUUCGAACGAGCGCAGCAUGGGGCCUGUAGCAGCCAUGCUUCGGAGCGUGUCGCGCCUCUCGUCGCUCACUCUCUCGUGGGGACAUCUGCCGCCGUCGCCGCUUGUCGCAGUCGUGCGGGACUUGCGUCACUUGGUGGCAGUGGCGUUCACGGGCAAUCGGCUCGGAUGCAAUGUCUUUCCGCCCGUAUUACAAGCCAUUGCCAACUUGCAGCUGCUCGAGACGUUGAGCUUGUCGGACAACCAGCUCACCGACUCGGUCGUGCCGUACCUGCUUCAUAUACUCACCACGUGCACGGCGCUGCGGAUGCUGGACGUAGCCCAGAAUGCCAUGUCGGCGACGGGACUCGCAAGACUGUUGCCAUUGCUCGCCACCAAGCCCAAGCUGGCGCGCGUCCAGCUCGAGGACAACCGCUACGUGCUGCGCGAUCUCACGCACGUCGCGUCAUCGCUAGCCCAUUGGCCGAGCGCCAGUACGCUCGUGCUUGGCUUUGACAGCUCGCAUGGCGCCGACGCCCUCUUGUUUUUAGAGAAAAUACAGACGACGACGCCCAUCCGUGUCGAGAUGCGUGACUCGGAGUGGUACGUCCCGCGGCUGCUCCAGCGAGCCUACACCCGCGAGACGACGCGCUUGCGCAACGGAAACGACCAACAGCCGUGGACGCUUCGCCUUGUAAGCUACGCGCGAAAGGAAUAACGCAGAUUAGUGUUGAGGAGCUCUUGACGUGGAGAUCCAGCGGCAUCUUGUUGAAAUUUUGUCGCUCGACG